AUGGCGGCUUUGGCCUCCGCAACCGCCACAGUCUCCACCUUCGCCGUGAGACUCACACCAUCUUCUUUUUCUUCUCGCGUCUCUCUCACUUCAGCUAAAUUCCCUUUCUCAAACAAUGUCAAUCCCCUCAAACUCAAUUGGUCCAGUAGCAUUUCCGCCCCAAUUCUUCACCAAAACAUUUCCACUGUUACCGCUCCUCCUCGUUCUCUCACAAUUGUUUCCGCUAAAGGCUACAAAAUGAAAACUCACAAGGCAUCGGCGAAGCGAUUUAGGGUUACGGGCGCCGGAAAAAUUGUGCGGAGGAGAGCAGGGAAGCAGCAUUUGCUAUACAAGAAAAGUAAAAAGAGGAAGUUGCGACUCUCCAAAUUGGUCCAGGUCGACAGAAGUGACUAUGACAAUGUAAUUGGAGCAUUGCCAUAUCUAAAAGUAAACAGAAAAGCUACAUAA